AAAUGGCGCCGCGGAGGAUCGGAGUAACACGUAUCAACAUUAUACAUAGCAUACUAGUAGUUUUCGCAGGGUGAAUUCGUCCUAUUCGUGCCCUGAUCCGACUGUUUUUCGACGCACGAUUUAAUUUGUAUCUUAAAAAUCAUUAUUUCUUAUUUCAUUACAGUCGUAGUAAGGACAAUUACUUCAACUGAAUGCAGGAAGGAGUAAAGCAUAUACCAGGGAAAAUAUUGUUUGUGAGAUCCCCGAUACUCCGCAUGCGAAUUCGCGUUGGGAUCGUUUUGCAUUCUUACUGGAAGUAUAUAUAAUGCAUUGUCAUGGGUUUGUGAAUGAGAAUAACACGGUGGUUCUCUCAUAUUGGAUUGACUGAUAUAAACUGACUUCAAGUUACAGUGUUUAAUACCAUCUGCAAGUAUAGCUUUAGAUACAAAAUGUGGACAGCCAUUAUCACCACGCUACUUGGAUUUCUCAUUGAGAUUCAGAGCGUAGACGCAUUAUCAUGCUCCUAUAGAAACGCUUUCGGAUUUUAUCAAUAUUACAUAUGUUCAAGCAAUCAAUACUGCUGUGGAACGCGCAGCUGUUGUUAUUACUCACGAGGUGUAUAUAGCCUCUGGUAUUUCUGGUUCGGUAUCAUCCUGUUCAUCCUCAUCUGUUCCGGAGCAAGCGGGGCGUAUUACAGAAAACGACAACGCAUAGUCGUUCGAACACACCCCGCCCCGGUAGUACAACACCCCAACGCAGUACAACAGACCAUGGUCGUUUCAGCCACAGCAUCAUCAGGAUAUUCUGGUUAUCCAAACCCACCACCAACGUACAACCAGGUGAUUACUACCACCGGUCCAAAUAUGGGUGUAACAUCGUACCCCAUGGGGUACAAUUCAGCUCCUCAAGGGGUGACGGUUCAUCAUUAUUAAUGCCGCGUUGUGAGGUGUCUACUUUUCCUGCUACUCGAUUCUUCCUUUACUUCAUCUUCCCCUUCUUCUUCCUCUCUUUCUUUCGCCUCUUCGUAUUCCCCUCUCUCU